AUGUCGGCAAACCGCGUGUCGGCAAACGGUGUGACGGCAAACUGUAUGGCGUUACUAGGAGCCCAUGCACUGGCUAGCGCUUUCGCGGCUGAGUUGCCAGCGCUGAAACGUUUAGACCUUUCGCUGUGCAAGCAGGUGACAGAUUCCUCUUUGGGAAGGAUUGCGCAGUCUUUGAAAAAUCUGGAAGAGCUCGAGUUAGGUGGCUGCAGUAACGUGACAGACACUGGGCUUCUUCUGAUAGCGUGGGGGCUGCGGAAACUUCGCCGCUUGAACUUGAGGUCAUGUUGGCAUGUCAACGAUGCCGGUAUAGCUCACCUGUGCGGUGGCGGAGAGGCGAGAGGCACUCCGGAUCUAGAGUAUCUGGGACUACAAGACUGUCAGAGGUUGACCGACGAGGCAUUAAAGCACGCGGCAUCCGGUCUUCCGAAAUUAAAGUCGAUCAAUCUGUCAUUCUGCGUCGCGGUCACCGACGCCGGACUUAGACAUCUGGCGAGGCUUCCACAUCUCGAGGACAUCAAUUUGAGAGCUUGCGAAGGAGUGUCCGACACGGGAGUUGCACAUUUAGCGGAGAGUGGACGAUUACGCUCAUUGGACGUCUCGUUUUGCGACAAAGUCGGCGACGAGGCGCUGUUGCAUGCGACUCUAGGCCUAUCCGGUCUGCGUUCCUUGUCGCUGAGCGCUUGCAGGAUAUCCGACGAGGGUUUGGAGCGAGUAGCAAGGCUAUCGCAGCUAGAGACUCUGAACAUAGGGCAGUGCCACAGAGUCACCGACAGAGGCCUCCGAGCGCUGGGCGAUGGUCUGCAGAACCUGAAGGCUAUAGACUUGUACGGCUGCACGUGUAUUACGCCCCAAGGAUUGGACCAUAUCGUAAAACUACCGUGUCUCAGUGUACUUAACCUCGGUCUAUGGCAUGUGCGGUGACCACAUACGCGCUAGUCUGUGUUAAAACGUUUGUCUGUAAGUGUGUCCGCCAUCUUGGAAGUGAAGGAGCCGCCAAGGUUGUAUAUUGGACAGUGAAUAAAUGAAUUAACCAAUUUUUAAGAUAUUAACUAUCGAAUUACAUUUAGGAAACGGGGUUACUUUCUUUUUUAAUGAUUCGAGUUUUGUUGUGUAUCUGACAUUGUUAUGUUGAUAUUCCAUUCUGUGAUUUUUGACUGUCCGUUUUUUUUAAUUUGUUGUGUUUGAGGAAAGUCGCCCCAAGGCCUAGUCGCUACGUUAAUUCAGACCUUUUUGAUUGUAGUUAUUUUCGAACAACAUAUUAAUUGUACAUGUAAGUAAUAUCGAUACUACAAUUAUUACAAAAGGUCUGGUUUUACACGUAAUUGCUCCAUUAGUUAGAUAUUUAGCCAUUCUUCUAAUUGUUUUUAAUUCGACCUCUUGCAGACAAUUGUUAAGUUACAUUUUUGGAAGUUCUUUACAUGUUUUUAUUGUGUUGUUACAUUGAAAAGAUUGAAGGUGCAUGCUUAACAAAUUAAAUAUUUCUUUUAUCAACAUUUUUAGAGUUUUGUGCCAGCUAAGAAUGUAUUUAAUACGAAUCGUCACAAAAUGAAUGGAUUUUGUAAAAUUAUCAUAUAACCACUUCUAUUAUCUGAAUUUUCGUAAUACGUAACAUUUUUAUAGAAUUAAAAAAUAUAACUUUUUAUAAAUCUGUUUCAUUUAAUCUCAACAAAUAUGUUAGUAGUACAAGUAGUCACUUCAAUCUUUAAAUUAAUCAAGAUCUCUAUAAUACGUAAUAUUAUUUUUAGUUUUAAUAUACUAUAAUAUUAGGUAUUUUUUAUUGAUUUACAUACUCUUUGACAAGGGGUCGAAUUAAAAAAUACGCUUGAAUUAUCUGUGCAUCUGUCAAAUAUAACAACUUUCCGUAUUAUUUUAUACAUUGAAAGAAUAACAUUUAUCUCCUCUUAAGCUUGAAAUUAUGUUGGUUUAUGUAUAUUUAACUUUGUUAUCGGUGCGUUGGAACGAAAAUAGAUAAGUGAGUUUGUUGUCUUGAACAUUUUCUGUCUCUUUUCAACGUUCUAUCUCUUUCUACGCAUUCCGGACAAGUCUACAGAUAAUUCUAUGCGUUGAUACGUUGUAUACUUUACCAAUACGUUGUUCUUGUACAAAAACGAAUGUAAUAUAGGACAAAGAAUGUAUUAAAAGUCAUUGUUUAAGUUACAAAUUA